AAAUAUUCGAUACUGUCAAUAUAUUUUUCAGUGCGUUUUGUCGUACAGUGCAGUGCCGUAUCGAAAAUUAGUAUAGGGGUAAAAUUUAUAUACUUUGCGCGUCGGUCGGGUCAGUCAGUCGGUCUGCAUUCUGCCUAUGUGUCUUUCUGGUGGCACGUGCGAUACAUGGAUUGGUCGUUGUCAUCGAUGUAUUUUUUAUGAUUGAUUUUGAUAUUAUAUCGAAUAAAUGAAAUGAUGUGGAAUUUUUUCCUUGCAUUAUUGUUGCUCAUUGGCUUGAGCAAUGCCAAUACCGAUAGAAGAAUAAACAAGUAUGUCACUACUCAAAUAAAUGCAAAAUGGAGUGAGACUCCGAUAAUCCUAGAAGUGGCGGAGUAUCUCAAUGAUGAGAAUCCCAAUGAUUUUUGGAAAUUUGUAGAUGAUGUCGUUGAUGCGGAGGAUGUACUUAUUUCAGGGACAGACAAAGAACGAUAUGAGAAAUCAAUUGGAUUGGCCAGUAACUUUCUCAGUUCAAUGGAAUUAUCAGUCCUCAAACUUGCUCUUUCUUUGCGUAUUUAUUCUGCCAAGGUUGAAAUGUUUUCACAAAUGGCUCAGAAUAAAAAUGCUUCUCGUUUGGACUGCAGCGCUUUUGUUGAUAUCAAUGGCAAAUUCACGUGUAGUGUUGACGAUGUUGAAACACUUAUUGAACAGGAUGACUGGGUAUCUUCAAACACAUAUACUCUUGACCAUUAUUACCCUGGAACGCAACAGUCCUCGAAGCAUGUUGUUCUUUACGGACAACUAGGAACACCAGAAUUCAGAGAGUUCCAUAAAAAAUUGAAGGUCCUCGCAGAAUCAAAAAAAAUCAGUUACAUUUUGAGACAUUACGUAAAGGAUCGUCCAAACCGUAAGCUGCGUUUAUCGGGCUAUGGUGUCGAGUUGCAAAUGAAAUCAACUGAAUACAAAGCGACCGAUGACUCGGAUAUCAAAGAAACUGGAAAGAGAUCUGAGACACUGAAUGAGGGUGUCGAAGAGAUCGAUGGGAUCAAUUUUGCAGUUCUCAAAAAACUUUACCCUGACAAACAUACAGAACUCGAUAAACUCCAGAAUCACCUGUUGGAAACGAGUCAUGAAAUUGGCGCUCUCAAAGUUUGGCAAUUUCAGGAAUUGAGUCAUCAAGCUGCAGAAAGAAUAUUGAGUUCUUCACCUACGGACGCUCUCAAUGUACUGACAGACAUAGCUCAAAACUUUCCGAUCCAAGCAAAAUCUCUCAUACGUACCAAAGUCAGCAAUGAAAUGAAAAAAGAGAUGAAACACAAUCAGGAUAUCUUUUUUGGCAGCUUGCACAUUCAACCCACCGAUACUGCCCUAUUUAUUAAUGGACUCUUCUUUGAUCUUGACUCGGUUGAUGUUCUUUCGCUGUUGGAAUCUUUGCGCAGUGAACUCAGAGUUAUGGAAGCUCUUCAUAAAAUAGGAUUCAGCAACAAAAAAAUGGACAAAUUGUUAGCUCUCGAUCUCUCGGGUGAUUCUGACAGCCAAGAUUUCGCCAUCGACAUAACGGAUUCGGCAAUAACGUGGGUCAACGACAUAGAAAGAGAUCCUGAAUAUAGCAAAUGGUCUCCCGCGCUCCCAGGCCUUUUGCGCCCAACUUUCCCUGGAAUGCUACGAAAUAUUCGUCGUAAUUUGUACAAUUUGGUCAUUAUAAUCGAUCCGACAAACGAAUCAUCGAAACCUUGUAUAAGCUUCGUCGAAACACUUUUCUCCAUUCAUUUGACAUCGUUGCGCGUCGGAUUCGUUUUCGUUACGAACUAUGACACGUCGGAAACUGGCUUAACCGAUCCCACCGUCGCUAUUAACAACGCAUAUCACUACUUUGCUUUGUCCAAAGGUCCUAAGAAAGCUUUGUACUUCUUGCAAGAAUUGAGCAAAUACAUGGGUCCUGACGGGACCGACGUGGAGUCCGUAAAGAAAGCAAUAAAAGCACGAGAUCCUUCAGCGGAUAUAAAUUAUAUUCUCGGUGAAGAAUCGGAAUACGAUAUUGGUCGGUCUUUUGCAAGUGAUUUCGUCAAGCGUACGGGAUUCAAAAAGUUUCCUCAAGCAUUGUUGAACGGUGUACCUUUGCCAACUUUCGAUCUCGAUGCUGACUCUUUCAAGGAAACUGUUUUUGCUGCUGCUAUCGCUCAAACUCCCCAGUUUCAAAAAGCUGUUUAUACUCGCGAAAUCACCGACGACGACGAUGUUAUUGAGUAUCUUAUGAAACAGCCGAACGUCAUGCCCAGAUUGAACGAGAGAGUUCUUCAAACUGAGAAGAACAAAUGGUUAAAUUUGAUCGGUACCGUGCCGAACAACGAGGACUAUAAGAGCUGGAAUCCGCAGGACAUGGCAGCGUGGUUGAUGGCGAAAACCAACUAUUUGUCGGUUCCACGAAGAACGAGCGUCCGACAUUUGUAUUCAUUUUGGAUAGUCGUUGACCUCGAGACUGAAGCUGGUAGAAAAUUGUUGCGAGAGGCGCUCGAAUAUUUGGGAACCAACACCGACGUGAGACUGAGCGUAAUUGUUAACAGUGAAGAAAAUUCUGAUCCCGAUGCGAAUGUGAUUAACAAAAUAGCCCUGGCCACGCUGUAUACACUUUCCGGCGAAAAAGGCAUAAAGUACAUGAAUAAUCUGAUGAACGAAGAAACUGUGAAGCUGAUCAGAAAUGGCGAAUUUGUUAUUGAAGAAGAUAUUAAGAGUUUGAUGCAAACUCAAGGUUUUACUUUGGAUUUCCAUCGACAUUACGUGAAGAAUGUACUCGGAGUUAAGAAGGAAGACAGAGUGGUCAUUUGCAAUGGCCGUGUCCUCGGUCCGUUGGAUGAGGAUGAAGAAUUUACGAGCGAAGAUUUUGCUCUUCUCGAAAGAUUUAGUCAAAGCACGUACGGCGACAAAUUGCUUACGAAUUUGAUGAGACUCCAAACUAUCGACGACGACGAUGAUUAUGAGAAAAGUGAAGUAUCAGAUGACAUGAUAAUGCAAAUAUCAUCGCUUCUCGUUCCAAGACCCCAGACACGGAGUCGGUACGAAGUUCCAUUCCGCAGCGACGAGUACAGCUCGGUGAAAAUUCCAGCUCCGAAUCCCGACGAGGUUGCGUUCAAUAUUAUGGCAAUAGUCGAUCCGGUAUCGCGCGGUGCUCAAAAGCUCGGCCCUAUACUGACAACCCUUCAAAAAUCUCUGAACUGCAACAUCAAAGUAUUCCUCAAUUGUGUCGAGAAGAACAGUGACAUGCCGUUGAAGAGUUUCUAUCGUUUCGUUCUUGAGCCGGAGCUACAAUUUUCUUCCGAUGGACAAUUGUCCGGAGCAUUAGCGAAAUUCACGAAACUACCAACGUCCUCGUUGCUCACGCAGUACAUACAUGCCCCAGAAAAUUGGUUGGUCGAGGUCGUCAAGAGCGUUUACGAUCUCGAUAAUAUAAAACUGGACAACGUCGCGAUUGGAGUUCACAGUGAAUUUGAGUUGGAACAUUUGUUGCUCGAAGGACACUGCUUCGAAGCUUUGACGGGAAAUCCACCGAGAGGAUUGCAAAUAACACUUGGCAGCGAAAGCCAACCGGUCAUGGUCGACACGAUCGUAAUGGCUAAUCUCGGAUAUUUCCAACUUAAAGCGAAUCCCGGAGAAUGGCUUUUGCGAUUGCGACAAGGAAGAUCCGCUGAAAUUUACGACAUAAUCAGCGUCGGUGGACAAGACGUCGUUCAAAAUGGCAACGAGGUCAAAGUUCUUCUAAGCACUCUUCGCAGUCAUGUUCUCAAGCUCAAAGUUUCGAAGAAACCGGACAAAGCUGACAUGGACUUACUGUGGGAAGACGAAAAGAGCUCGGGAUUGUGGGACUCGAUCUCAAGCUUUUCCAAUUUUUGGACCUUCACGAAUGCUGAUGAGGCUGGAGAAUCGGAAGAAAAACUCAACAUUUUCUCUCUUGCCUCCGGACAUUUGUACGAGAGAUUCAUCAAAAUAAUGAUGCUCAGCGUCAUAAAACAUACCAAGACACCUGUCAAAUUCUGGUUCCUCAAAAAUUAUUUGUCACCGACCUUGAAGAAUUUCUUACCCCAAAUGGCCAAAGAAUAUGGUUUCGAGUACGAGCUUGUCGAAUACAAAUGGCCCAGAUGGCUCCAUCAACAAACCGAGAAGCAACGAACGAUUUGGGGAUACAAAAUUCUUUUCCUCGAUGUUCUGUUUCCCCUGGAUGUCAAGAAAAUUAUUUUCGUCGACGCUGAUCAGGUUGUUCGAGCUGAUCUCAAAGAGCUUGCUCGUCUCGAUCUUGAGGGUGCUCCCUACGCUUAUCCGCCAUUCUGUGACAGCCGAACCGAAAUGGAUGGUUUCAGAUUUUGGCGACAAGGUUAUUGGAGAAAUCAUCUUCAAGGACGUAAUUAUCACAUCAGCGCCCUUUACGUCGUUGAUUUGAAGCGUUUCCGUCGCAUUGCUGCGGGCGAUCGUUUGAGAGGACAAUAUCAAGCUCUUAGUCAGGAUCCGAACAGUCUCUCUAAUCUUGAUCAAGAUUUACCGAAUAACAUGAUUCAUCAAGUUGCGAUAAAAACUUUGCCACAAGAGUGGCUGUGGUGUGAGACUUGGUGUGAUGACAGAUCCAAGAAAUACGCUAAAACUAUUGACUUGUGUAACAAUCCAAUGACGAAGGAAGCGAAACUACAAGCAGCUAUGCGAAUAUUGCCUGAAUGGAAGGAUUAUGACGAGGAGAUCAAAACCUUGCAACAGAGGCUUGAGAACGAGACUAGGCAAUUGGAGAAAGAUGAGAAAGACUCAGAUGACGCUCCGAAGCACGAAGAGCUGUGAAAGAUUUCUCAUCGUCCCAAAAUGGAAGAAAUUUUUUUACCACUAAACUGUACAAAAAAAUUUUUUAUAACGUUCACUUUUUUGUGCUGCAAACUUUUUGCUGUUGGACAAAAUUUGAGAGGAAGAGAGUCAAGUGAUAAAAAUGGCUGGUUAAAAAUGAAUGUAAUUUAGAUGGAAAAUCCUUCUAUCCGGAUCUGUUCCGGUUCAACUUGAAUUAAUUAAUUGAUGCCAUCAGCAAAUUUAUCUACAUCAAUCACUAGCUCAAAAAAAAAAAUCAAAUUUAUCUGUUAAUUCAUUCCAUCGACGGCGGUAACGAGCGAAUAGAUUUUUUGACAGAAUUGCUCGUGCGUCCUUACUGUGGAACAAGUUCUCGACCAUGUAUGUCAGCAGGAUUAGUUUUUCUAAUGAAUAAAUAUUACUUGGAGUUUGACGAGUAAUCGUGAAAAUCGAA